AUGGAACCUUUCUCUUUUGCAAGCUCCGAGGCUGUCGAUAUUCCCGUCAAUAUUAGGAUUAUCAGCCUUGAAGGAGAGCAGACCGAGAUUCCCUUUUCAACGCUUAUUCAAAGGCCGGACUUGAGACAUGUUGGGUCGAACCUGAGCCCGCAUUCCGACCUAUAUGUUACUGUUCAACUAUGGGCGGACUCCAAGCCCCUCACGGUACCGGUCCAGACAGCCUACAAACCUUUUAAGAAUGAGCGGAAGUGGAACGAAUGGCUUACACUGCCUAUUCAUUACUCGAAUCUACCUCUAAGCUCACAGCUCGCAAUAACAAUAUGGGAUCUGUCACCUACCGGCGGAGAAGGAGCACAAGGACACGCGAUUCCGUUUGGUGGAAGUACACUUCCCCUGUUUGACCAAGAGAACCAGCUGCAAAAGGGCCGGCAAAAAUGCUUCCUCCAUCGUCGCAAAGCAGCCGACGGUCUUGACUCGACCUCAACGCCAUCCACUCUUCCCACACACCGUAAGGGAGCUAAGGGCAAAGAUACUAGUCAUAAGGCGGACAAAGAAAGCGAAGAAUUGGACCGACUGGAGAAGCUGUUCAAAAAACAUGAAAUGGGUGAAAUUCCACGAGUAGAAUGGUUAGACCAGUUAGUGUUUCGGGGCGUCGAGAAAAGAGGUCUACAAGCUUCUAGCACAUCCUUGAAGAAUCUUCAGCGCAGACGAUCUCGACAGCGGGGUACAGUCAUGAGACUAGAUGGGACAGGGGAGAAACAGUCGAAUGGCGAAGAAAAAGAAAACGAAGGGGAGAGUGAUCUCAUUGAAGACGAACGAUUCACGCUCUUUGUGGAAUUGCCUCGAUUUGACUUUCCCGUUGUAUUUGCCGACCACGAAUAUCCUCCGCCUCCAGUCUCGUCUCUACAACAUCUGUCUUCGUCUCAGUCGAACAUCAUACUAAAACCACCCCCUGAGGUCCAAUAUGGCCCGGGAAUCAAUGGAUUGAGCGACGACGAUAACAAUGGUUUUGGGGGGCGUCUAGUCCGAGUUUAUGACCCCGAGGUUGGCGCGAGGGAUAACCCUGUGGAAAGCAAGCAUCGACGACUGGUCCGAAGUCAUCGCACAGGUGUAUUGGACAGAGAUCUGAAACCGAACGCGAAAGUCCGAGACGAGCUGAAUGGAAUCAUGGCUUACUCGCCAACACAUAUAUUAUCUCCCGAGGAAAAAGACCUCGUAUGGAAAUUCCGCCAUCACUUGACGCGAGACAAGAGAGCUCUGACCAAAUUUGUCAAAUCUGUAAAUUGGCAAGAUCAAAGCGAGUCCAAGCAGGCCGUUCAAAUCCUGGCGAAAUGGACAGAAGUCGACGUUGAUGAUGCCCUUGAACUUCUUGGUCCGAAUUUCGAUAACGCAGCAGUCCGAGCAUAUGCAGUCGACCGUCUGCGGAAAUCCGAUGAUGACGAACUUCUGCUCUACCUUCUACAACUGGUACAAGCUCUUAAGUUUGAGCAUAUUUCUCCAGAUUCCGAUGCCACGCAUGAUUCAUCUCUUGCUCGAUUCCUCAUUCAGAGAGCGACCAAUAACUUCAUGCUUGGAAACUACUUUCACUGGUACCUCAUGGUCGAAUGCGAUGACCAAAGCGAGGAUCAAGGCGCCGAGUACAGAAAACUCUUCGCCAAGGUGGAAUAUGACUUCAUGACAGAACUUGUGAAGCUCCCUGGUGGUGAGGAAACGCGAAAUACGCUGCUCCGCCAAGCCGAGCUCAUAGUUGUGCUCUCUAAAAUCUCUGGAGAUAUCAAGGUAUCUCGCGAUUCAAUAACUCGUAAAGUGGAGAAGGUGAAGCAUUUCUUGGCAGAUCCGAAGAACGAGAUUAUUGCCAUAGAUCCUCCUCUACCAUUGCCUCUCGAUCCAUCAGUCAUGGUCACAGGUGUUGAUCCAGCUGAGACUCUGGUCUUCAAAUCAUCCCUCUUCCCAAUUAUGAUGACCUUCAAAACAAUAACCAAGCAGAAGUAUCAAAUCAUGUUCAAGACAGGGGAUGAUUUACGGCAAGAUCAGCUUGUCAUACAAAUUGUUACGCUGAUGGAUCAACUACUCCAAAAGGAGAAUCUUGAUUUGAAGUUGUCACCCUACAAAAUUCUAGCAACUGGCGCCACUGCUGGAGCAUCCCAAUUUGUACCUUCGAUGAGUUUACAAAGCAUUGUCAACAAGUACAAAGGUAACACAGUUCUUGCCUACCUGAAAUACAACAAUCCAGACGACAAAGCUCCUCUAGGAGUUCGCAAAGAAGCCCUAGAUACUUUCAUCAAAUCUUGCGCUGGCUACUGCGUAAUAACCUACCUCCUCGGCGUCGGCGACCGCCAUCUAGACAACCUGCUACUCGCACCCGACGGGCACUUCUUCCAUGCGGACUUUGGCUUUAUCCUUGGCCGCGACCCGAAACCCUUCGCGCCCGCCAUGAAACUGUGCAAAGAAAUGGUCGACGGCAUGGGCGGCUCCACUUCUCCUCAAUACCGCCAAUUCAAGCAAUACUGCUUCACAACCUACACAACACUCCGCAAAUCCUCAAACCUGAUCCUCAAUUUGUUUAGUCUGAUGGUCGAUGCUAAUAUCCCUGAUAUUAAGCUCGAGCCUGAUAAAGUUGUGCUGAAGGUUAAGGAACGCUUCCAUCUCGAGCUGAGCGAAGAGGAUGCGAUUCGGCAUUUUGAUGCAUUGAUUGAGGAUAGUUCGAAUGCUAUAUUUCCGGUUGUUAUUGAUCGGCUACAUGGGUUUGUGCAGCAUUGGAGGGCUUGA